UAAUAUAAAAUCCCAUCUCAUUUUCAAUAAGUAAACUUAUAGUAACUUAUGGAGAAGAUGGGACAGUUAAAUUGGAUCAAACAACACUUCAUCAUCUUCGUUGGAUGUUACAAAAAGAUUCGCUGCAACAAGACAUGUUUCUUUUGGGUAGACCAGGACCAGUGAGUCGACACCUGGUCAUGCAAUUUCUAGAAAUUACGGAACGCGAAUUUGAAUAUGUUGCACUAAGUCGCGAUACUACCGAAAGCGAUAUUAAGCAACGUAGGGAGAUUAAUGGUAAGUCUGCCAAAUACUAUGAUCAGGCUGCAGUUCGCGCUGCCUUGCAUGGACGAGUGCUGAUACUGGACGGCGUUGAGCAUGCCGAACGGAAUGUAUUGCCGGUACUAAACAAUCUCCUCGAGAAUCGUGAAAUGCACCUGGAAAGUGGUCAAUUUCUUAUGGCAUCGAAUCGUUACGAUAAGUUGCUACAGACACAUAGUCAACGACAGCUGGACGACUGGGGCUUACUUCGUGUUUCAGAAGACUUUCGAGUAUUGGCAAUAGGACUUCCCACACAGAAAUAUAAGGGCACGCCCCUAGAUCCACCACUAAGAUCACGCUUUCAGUCGCGAAACAUAAUGUCAUGCACAUUUGAAGAGCUCUACGAGAAUCUGCAGAAAUUAUCGACUUGUGUGUCCCCCUCAGCACUAAAACAGUUGCUUAAAUGUGCAUUUACACUUCAAUCAGCUAGCGAAGAACUUAAACUCCCAGAUUUCCCAUUUCAUAAUCUACGUCAAGGCAUUCAAAUGAUGGAAAAUAAUCCGCAGCUUACCAUGUACGACGUCUUUGUAUCUCUCUAUCCCUACAGUUCUAUACUAAUACAAGAGCAGCAAAAACGAGUCGAAGAAAUGCUUACAAAUAUGUCGUUUAAGCGUAUUCGCACAAAAAAUGUACAACGUAUAAGUAGUUGUGCUAAAGCUUUGGUUGUUGAUGUGCAUCUGGACGAGGUACUAAUAAGCAUGCCAUGCAGAUCACCUACACUAUUAAACGGAAAAUUUGUCGAUUUGCCGCAUCAGCGCCAAGUACUUGCUGCUUUGCUACAAUCCUAUGUAGUUGGAGACGUUUGUUUAUUAGGCGAAAAAGGUGUUGGAAAAACCACAUUAAUAACCGAGCUUUUACGCAUAGUUAACCAAAUCCCUGAACCAAUGAUGCUUUAUGAAGACUUGACGUCUCGGGAUCUUAUUCAGCAGCGCGUUACUAAUGAAGUUGGAGACACAAUCUGGAGAGAUUCUCCAUUGAUCAGAGCAGCUAAGACCGGAUCAGUGGCAAUACUAAAUGGCAUUCAAAGACUUCAUAGAAGCACAGUUCCGGUUCUGCAACGAUUAAUUCAUGAUCGCGAAGUACAAUUAUGUGAUGGCACAAGAYUGCUUCGUCAGGAUCGCUAUCAAGCGCUUCUGCAAGAUGGAUUUAGCAAAAGUCAGCUGUCUGAGCAUAAUGUGCUGCCUAUACCAGAUAGUUUUCGCAUUAUUGCAUUGGGCGAGCCUUUGAAAUCGAAAACUGCUCAAUUUAACUGGCUGACACCACAAUUGUUAAGCAUGUUCCUCUAUCAGGAGCUGCGGCCACUGCAACAGAAUGAAGAGCAAGAACUGCUAAUUCAAUUGUGCGGCGAAUUGCAUCCUAAUAUGUAUAAGCUAAUGAUGCUGGCACAACUAUUACGAAAGUCAAAAAAUCCAUUACUUUAUGGUCUAGCUGAGACGUUAUCAACACGCCGAUUGGUAAAAAUUGGUAGACGCUUAAAAGCAUAUCCAUCAAGCAAUCUGAACGACAUUUAUGAUAUUUUGCAACAUACAUUUCUUAUGAAAUUUAUGCCCUCACUUUCUCGUACAGUUUUAGAAGAGGCAAUGAUGGAGGCAGGAAUUGACAAAUGUACAAAAAAAAAUCGGUGCAAUGAUGAAAAUGAACGGCUAAUUAGUGUAAUGAACAAUAAACUACGAAUUGGAGAAACAGAAAUGGAGCUAUCAGAGAUAUCACUGGAUCAGCAAUCAAAAGUGCCCAGCACACUAUUCUAUGAUAUGCCACAGCACGUUAUGAUGCUCGAACGCCUCCUUCAGGACUUUCUCAUCGGUGAACAUUUGCUUUUAGUGGGCAAUCAGGGCGUGGGCAAAAACAAACUCGUAGAUCGUUUACUUGAGCUCAUGCGCCGUCCCCGUGAGUAUUUACAGCUACAUAGGGAUACUACUGUGCAUAGCCUAACAGUACAAUCAACGCUAUGCAAUGGAAAAGUGGUCUUUCAAGAUAGUGCCCUGGUAAAGGCAGUGAAGUUUGGUCAUGUGCUCGUUAUAGACGAGGCGGACAAAGCACCAGUCAAUGUUUCCUGCAUUCUUCACACUUUGAUUGAGCGCGGCGAGAUGGUGCUUUCAGAUGGUCGAAUGAUUGUCCCAUUUGGGGCUUGUGCAAAAAGCCCUAAUUUAAUUGAAACGCACGCAAACUUCCGAGUUAUUGUAUUAGCAAACCGGCCAGGUUACCCAUUUCUAGGUAAUGAUUUCUUUGCGGCAGUAGGCGAUGUUUUCAGUUGCCAUGCCAUCGAUAAUCCCACACCACGAUCGGAAAUAUACCUCCUACAGCGGUAUGGACCAUCACUACCUGUUAAAACUCUCACAAUGUUUGUAAAUGCCUUUAGUGAGCUUCGCAGUAUGGCGGACGAGGGGCUACUUAAUUAUCCGUAUUCUACGAGGGAAGUCAUUAGCAUUAUUAAACAUUUGGAGCGUUAUCCUAAGGAAGAUAUGUCUGAACUGGUAGGGAAUGUAUUUGAUUUUGAUCGGUACAAUCCGGAGGCUAUGGAGCAAAUCACCAACGUUCUGGCUAAACACGGUCUGUCGAUCGAUGUAUAUGCAAGAAAUGAAAUGCAAAAUCUGCGUAAGAAACAGAAGAUUAAAUUCAGUAUCGAACGCCACAGCGGGUUGGAUGUGUCAGGUCCUAAAUUCGGCAAAUUAGAUCCUAAAAAUGAGCCCCAUGUAGGUGGCAACACAUGGUCCGGUGGUAGCGGUGGACGCGAUACAGCAGGACUUGGUGGCAAAGGUGGGCCCUUUCGUCUUGACAAAGGUCAUACUGUUCAUCAAUUGAGCGACGAAGAAAAAGCUAAUAUUCCACAAGAAAUAAAGCGAGCCGCACGUGAAAUGAACCGAAAGGCAUAUGAACAAAAAUUAAAAGAGAUAAAAAUGUCUGCUCACGACUAUAGUCUGUAUGCUCAGUUCAGUAAAGCCAACCAAAAACAAGUACAACAGUUGAGAAGCAUUUUAGAAGCUAUGCAUACUAAAGAUAAUGAACGCCAAUGGCAGAAGUACCAAUGUCAUGGUGACGUCGAUGACACUCGUCUUAUUGAAGGUAUCGCAGGAGAGAAAAAUAUUUACAGGCGACGUAUCGAUGCGAAUCCCUGGUCGAACAACAUCCAUGAGAAACCUAAUCGACUUAAACUUGUGGUUGAUGUGUCAGGAUCGAUGUACAGAUUCAAUGGCUAUGAUGGACGGCUAGACCGCCAAUUGGAAGCCGUAGUUAUGGUUAUGGAAGCUUUCGAGGGUUACGAGAAAAAAAUUGUGUUCGAUAUUGUUGGACAUAGUGGUGAAGGCUGGGAGCUUCCCUUUAUCACUGUGGGCAACUGCCCUAAAAACGCAAAGGAGCGCUUUGAAAUAAUACGUAUGAUGCAUGCUCAUUCCCAAUUUUGUUGGUCCGGUGAUAGCACCGUCAAAGCGGCCCGAGAAGCUUGUUCCGUUCUGGGAGCAGAAGUUGAUUAUGACAAUGGUAUUGUCGUUCUUCUUAGUGAUGCCAAUCUCGCGCGCUACGCUAUUUCACCAAAAGAUUUAGCUGAAGCUCUUAGUGGCAAUGAACCUAAGGUUAAGGGAUAUGUUAUUUUUAUUGGAAGUUUCGCAGAAGAGGCCAAUAAAAUUGAAAAUGAAAUGCCUAUGGGACAGAGCUUUGUAUGUUUGGACCUCACCAAAUUGCCGCAAAUACUACAGCAAAUUUUUGCAUCCUCCAUUCUCUAAAKAGAUGAAUGAUUUGCACAAGAAAAAUCCAUCAUUAAUUGUAAUUGUUAGAAUGUAAGCGUCGAUA